UUUAAUUAAUAGUAUUAGCAUUAUGGGCAGCAGUGGUACAUUCAAAUAUAUGUGUGAUAUGGAUAAAAAAUCAGUGCUCAUUUCGAACUUCGAAAAGCGAGGAUGGGUCCAAGCAGAUCCGGACAAUCCCGACGAUUGGCAGUUUUACUGGGCAUCGGUACCAACUGUUCGAGAUCUAUUCUCACUUGACAACAAAACGCGUCGACUUCAGCCGAAUCAGAUGGUGAACCAUUUUCCUACGUUCUAUGAACUCACUCGAAAGGAUUUGAUGAUGAGGAAUUUGAAACGGUACAAAAGGGACGUUGAAAAGGAGCUGGGAACGAAACUGGUAGACUUCAUUCCUACGACGUUCAUUUUGCCUUCAGACUACAACCUUUUCGUGGAAGAAUUCCGCAAAAAUCCGCAGUCUACGUGGAUCGUGAAGCCGACAGGAAAGAGCCAAGGGAACGGCAUUUUCAUCAUCAAACGUCUGGCCCAACUGAAAAAGUGGCACAAGGAACUAACUAUCGAACACGCGACAGGCGGUAAUAAAGAGCUCUUCGUCAUAUCCAGGUAUAUUGACAAUCCCCUGUUGAUUGGAGGGCGAAAAUUUGAUCUGCGACUCUAUGUUUUGGUCACGUCGUUUCUACCUUUACGUGCCUUUCUUUACGAUGAAGGAUUUUGUCGAUUUUGCCAAACAAAAUAUUCAACGGAUGCCCAAGAGCUCGGCAAUAUGUUAGUGCAUCUAACAAAUGUGUCGAUACAAAAACAAGGCGAGGAGUACAACGCCUACCAUGGGGGAAAAUGGUCAUUGAAAUCUCUACGCCUGUAUCUGGAGGGCAUGCGCGGAAAAGCAGUCACUGAUGAACUCUUUGACAACAUCAAGAGCCUAAUUGUACACUCGCUCAAGGCCGUAUCAUCCGUAAUGAACUCUGAUCGACACUGUUUUGAGUGCUACGGAUAUGACAUCAUCAUAAAUGAAGAACUUCGGCCGUGGCUAAUUGAGGUAAAUGCAUCACCCUCACUUUCUACAACGACCACAAAGGAUAAGGAAUUAAAGGAGAACCUAAUCGCCGAUCUACUCGAGCUUCUCAAUCCAGAAGGAUCUGACGUGCGCAACUCUUAUACUUCACUGGCCGACCUUCGUAUGGGCAAUUUUAGUCUCAUAUACGACGAAGUCAGUGAUUCAUCGAGAACGCCCUCUGGGGGACGAAAAAAGAUACAAAACAAAUAGAGAGGUAUAGUUUUAAUGCGCAUGCAUCGUACCACAGAUAUGCAAGGACAAAAUAAUGAAAGCCAAAUGGGCCUUAUAGGGACCAAAUUUCAGCGCAUGUAUUGAAGAUGGUUAUACAUCUAACGAUGGUCUCGACCUAAUAUCAUUAUGUAAAACAAAUGGUUUCAAAUCAUGACAAAACAUUACUCUCGCAAAGUACUUCACACAAGUCUGUCUCAAAUCCUGAAUUUGUAUGCAGAACGCCACCAAAAAAAUACUAGCACAGCUUUUCUAUACCGUAGUCCAGCUACCACCCUCCAUAAGUGCAUACGUGAUAUCGACCGCUCCGUUGUAGACAUGAGAUAAUAUUAAGGUCCAUAUUCUGUUUGCAUUCCGUUUUUCUUCCAUCACAUAUCUGUACAUAAACGUAGACUAGAAUUCAGUGUAAGUUAGAGAAUAACUAUCUGGGGUCAUUCAGGCCUACCAGUCUUCCCGUAGGAGAUUAUCGAGAAAAAAAGAUAAUUAUUUCUUGCCGAUCGCCGUCCUCUAACUAACUCCUUUACGAUAGCGUACUAUACACGUGUAGUGUAAAUAUAUUAAAAGAUGCAUAAGAUGCAUUUGUACGUCUAGACGAGGUACAUCGUAUAUGGUUCGAAAUAAAGCUGUACUCCAUUAUUUUAUGUUCUGGUAUUCCAUUUGAGAGCACAAGUUAACGCUAAGAAAAAAUACUGAAAACUAGAUAUCGUAUAUUUCAUCGAAAACAUGUUUAUGCCAAGUAGAUGCAUUAAAUUAUAAUGUAUUAUUAUUUGGGCACUUCAACUGUGUUUUUUAGAAAUACAUUUACGAUAUUUAUCAGCAGUGUUUAUAUUAACCAGGCGACACCUAAGCAGUAACCGAGCCGCCUGGCUCAGAAAUUUGUAUGGCACACACAAAACUAUGUAGCAAAUAAACGACACCUAUCCCCGAGCAUUUUAAUCAGCCGUUAAGAUUACAUAUAUAUAUAAAGCGUUCACACAAAUACCUAAACCAUUAGAUAAGCGUUACACAUAAACAUACGAAUCGCAUUUACAGCUUUUAUAAUGGUCCGAAAUAUUUUCAGCAAAUUCUUACUUUAUUUCCGAAAGUAACUAAUUCCUUUGUGCCAGCUAAGCGUAAUUCCUUUACAACUAAAACGCUUCCUCUUGACUAGCCCCAGACACGUACAGAUAUGUUCAAAAAACAAAACAAGCCCUAACAUCAUAGAUAGGCAAACGGAUAUAUUCAAAAAUAAUUUGAUCUAAAACCCCCAUAUUAUAGCACCGAUGAGGAGAUAACAGUGGUAUGAGCACUGAUUGCACCGGUAUCAACUAGCGGCAAAUGAUGCAGACGCAGUCGCAACUUGAACAUACCAGGCAUAAUCGUACCGCAGCAGCGACAGAGAAUGAUGUAAUAAAAUAAAGAAAGUAGCGAAAUGUUAUCUUUUCAGGCCACAAAUACUUUUAAUCCAAAUGAAAGCCUUAAUGAAAUAACUAUUAGUAUUACAAAAAACAUCUAAUUUUUGCCGAUUUUUGCAUUCGGUCUUGUGGUACCACGCUGUUGUUCUAUCCACAGGCCAAAUCUCAAAACGCUCUUAAUUUUCCACUGUACAUGAGUCACCAGACUAUGCUGAAACGGUUUAAUGAGUCAAACAUUACAACAAAUCCGUAAAAGAACCAAAGUGGAAUUGCGCUCCGAGGUAGAGCUAGCGAAACACUUUAAAAAUUGCAAGAAGCGGCAGUACAUAUGUACAUUGAAAUUGGCAGAAACCAUUCCUAAGAGGACAAGUAAGAUUUGGACGAUCGCCGUACAAUCCAGCUUAUAUCUAGUAAUACACUUUAUCUUCUAGGUAGAUAAAUAGUCAAAUACUAUCAAUCCUCAAUUAACUAACACUCAAUUUUAUUUGAUCUAUUGACCAAUUACUUCAAUCAACGAAUAUAUCAUAUAACAGCCCGGGUUGAUGAAUUAUUUCUCACCUAUUAUGAUGAUUAUUAUUAUAGGGUUACAUAGUUUCCAUACACAGUUCCGUACGGUACAAUAUUUACAAUUGAUUUACAUGGGUUAUCGGUCAGAUACAUUUGUUAGGUGAUCUCGCAUUCACGAAUGUUUCCUGAAUUUUAUUAACAUCUGAUAUGGCGAUUUAUUUUACUUUUUUUUUAUUAGGCUGUAGUAAAAAUAUUCAAUUAUUACAGUAUGAGCCGCGUUCAAGCUUAGCUGUGAGUCUUUAAAAAAUACAGCUAGUUCCUCGUUUUAGUUUAGAAAUAUGUGUGGGAAAAUGGCUCUAGCUAGGUUUGGUGACGGAACGAACAAAAUUUAUCAAUUAAAGCAAAUUGAAUCUAAACUAAUAUAGUACAAGUACCUGAAAUUAUCUAGACCUUACGUGCAUAAAUACAUUAAUAUACAGAAUUGAUGUAUCUUAAUAAUAUACAAAUGUAUCAGAAUAAUCAUAUUCAAAAUAAAUCUCUGCAAAUUAGUAUAAUCAGUCAUGUCUGUACGACUCGAUUCUUAUUUGUCAUUCCCGUAUAUACAACCACACAACUCAGUCAUGCAUUUCGGUGACGGCUAAGGCAGUGGCAAACCCGGUACCAUUGCCGGUAGGCAUUAAUUCAUACGGCUGGCUCCAGCAUGAAACGAGGUGUGUCUACGCUCGGACUGAAACCGAGACCAUCGUACGUCCAUAAGUUUUGCAGGCAAACACGUUACCGACUACGAGAUGAUGUCUGGAAUUAUAAGCUCGUUCGACACAAAUCACUGGGUCGAAACUGGACAUCCGCGUAAAAGAUGUUCGCGAUUACAAGCUCCGACUGAUACAUAAAUAGAAAUGGAAAACUGCUAUCAAUAAUACCGGAGGGAAAUGUAAAGGCUGCGCGACUACGAGCCCGAGCGCGCGCAUGCGAUGGCGUCCUGUAGCAGUGUCAAAGAAAGCCCGAAGCCGGAAAGACAAUGUAGGUCGAGGGCCGGUUAGAAGAAAAGAUUUUAACUCAGUAAUACGUUACGUGUGUAUUUCAUUACUACCAGCUACGUAUGUCUUUACAUUAUUAUGGUGGGUUCAAUUAGACAUCUUAACGAAAAACACAUAUAUGGAAAAAGUACUAUGACGUCACUGUGAUUGUUUACUAAACGCGAGAAAACAGACGCCCUAUACCUGGGCAGGCGUAGCAGAAUAAAUGCCCAUGCGCCUUUGUUCUUCCAGCGGAAGGAAUCAAUCAAACGAAAUGAGUGUAUAAUCUUAAAUCAUUAUACUUCAUUAUAAUCAGUAAACUUCGCUAAGAUCAGUAAAACGAGGGAGCCCAUUUGGGGCGCAACACACCUACGAAUUUGUAGCAAAGUUUUCCACACGAACGCGUUGCUUACUAAGAUUAGUACGUCAAAAAUUUAAUCCACUUGAUACAAUGCUACAACUAAAAAUAAGUGUUGACUUAAUUGUUUUCUACCAUAGAACUUUACCUUCUUAGUUUAGAAUAAAAAUUAAUCCAUAGUUCUUUCUCAUAAAAUAUGACUUUCAGGACUAGACAAAAAUGAUGAAUAGUAAUAGUAAAUGAUUUCUUCGUAUUAAAUGACGUGAUGUCAGAAACCCUGCCACACGACCGUUCCGUUGUAUAUAUAUAUAUAUAUAUUUUUUUUUUUUUUAUA